AUGUCGACUGCCCAGGUGAUAACCCGCAAAGGUGUCUACAAUUACUUCCUUAACAUGGUGGCCUACCAGAUAUGUUGUUGCUGUGGUCCCGCUCCAUGCUCGCUAUGCUGCUCCUUCUGUCCACCGGUCAAAUCCUCCACAAGCACCCGUCUAAUGUACACUCUGUUCCACAUCCUGGCCUGCACCGUGUCAUGUCUCAUGCUGUCUCGUACCUUCUCCGAGGCUGUGAGAGAGCAUGUGCCUUUCUUUAAUGUGGUUUGUGAUGAGACCCACGGUGGAGGAAACUGUGACAUGUUGGUCGGAUACUCUGCGGUCUACAGGGUUUGCUUCGGCACAGCCUGUUUCUACCUGAUGAUGGCCCUCCUACUUGUGGAUGUGAAGUCUAGCCAGGAUUUCCGAGCUUUCAUUCACAACGGAUUCUGGUUCUUGAAGUUCAUUCUACUGCUCGGGAUGGUUGCAGCUGCCUUCUUUAUCCCCACUGAUUCAUUCCUGCAAGCCUGGCACUAUGUUGGAGUGGUGGGAGGUUUUUCCUUCAUCCUCAUUCAGCUCAUCCUCAUCACUGCUUUUGCUCACACUUGGAAUAAGAACUGGUUAACUGGCGCAGCUGAAGAUAAGAAGUGGUAUGUGGCGGUCAUGUGUGCCACGUUCUUUUUCUACACCUUCGCUAUUGCUGCCUUUACCUUCAUGUACAAGUACUAUACGCACCCGGCCGCGUGCCGAAUCAACAAAGCACUGCUGUUUACCAACUUGGGCCUGUGCACAGUCAUGUCCCUCAUCGCUGUCACCCCCUGCGUCCAGCAAAAAAAACCCCGCUCAGGACUGUUGCAGGCCUCCAUCAUCAGCUGCUAUGUCAUGUACCUGACCUUCUCCGCCCUAUCCAGCCGUCCACCUGAGAAAGUGGAGUACCAGGGUGUCAAUGUGACCGCUUGCUAUCCUAAUGUGGGCAGGGACGAGAUUCAGAAUGAAGGAAAUGCUGUUGCUGUCAUCGGCGCUGCUAUCAUGUACUGCUGUGUGCUGUUUGCAUGUAAUGAAGCUUCUUACUUGGCUGAAGUUUUUGGACCGUUCUGGAUGAUUAAAGUCUAUCGAUAUGAAUUCCAGAAAGCUUCGUGUUGUUUCUGCUGCCCUGAACAAGAGGAAGCAAAGGAAGAGUUUGUAAUUGACGACGAGAGCAAAGGAUGCCAGAAAGUGAUUCAUAACGAGAGUCACCGUGUGGCCUACAGCUACUUUUUCUUCCAUUUUGUCUUCUUCCUAGCCUCCUUAUACGUCAUGAUGACUCUCACCAACUGGUUCAGCUAUGAGACAGCAGUCUUGGAGACCACUUUUACCCAUGGCAGCUACUCCACCUUCUAUGUGAAGCUUUCCUCAUGCUGGGCCUGUGUCCUGCUUUACCUGUGGCUCCUCUUGGGCCCGCUGUGCCGCUGCCGUCAUGAUCGCAAACAGCCACAACGCUCACGGGUCAAAAGACGAAUGGCUCCCCAGUGCCAUGUUAGAGUCAGCGUAUGACCUUUUCUCGGAUCCCACGGUGUCAAUGGGCUGAGGAACAGCCCUUAUCUUAUCAAGAAACGGGCGAGUCCUGGACUCUGAGAACAGAGGAAGAGAUUUUCCUACAAGCAUUCUGAUGCUUAAUAUGUACAGCCUAACUCCAGGAUCCAGGUGGAAUUAUGUCUGUAUGUUUACUACCAAGGCGACUGUGCACUCGCCGAUAUUGCCAAACAAGGGUGAACAAAGUACAUGUCCAAGAUACCCGUCUCUCAGUUAGGAAUAAUCUCAGCGCUAGACAUCUCUUCAAACAGACUGCUGUUUAGAAGGAAUUACAUUAGAUCAGACAUGAACUACAUUAGAUCUGUUUAAACUUUGUGUAUAGUUUUAUAUGCAUUUGGAUUAUGAGUAAUCCUGUUACUUGUCAUUGCUGUUGCUCGGUAUUCUGAUGCUGGCACAUAAGGCAGCCAUAUGCUGCAGGAGAUGGUCCACCCGUUCCUGGCUAUAGUGAGAAUGAAAGCUUUGAACUGGAAUACAUUUACUAGACCAACCUAACCUUAAUUAUAAGCUCAAUGUCACCGUAAUGGAAAAACAAGAUAUUUUUGAAAAUAUAUUUCUAACAAAUGAUACAUAAUAAGCUGCUUCAGUGCAGUUAUUCAUGAAAAAAGUCGAGUGGAAGUGCCUUUAUAGGACCAAUUAGUGCUUGUAAAGUGCUUGUAAAGUGCUUAAACUGUAAUCUACAUGUGCAGCACUUCCGAAAGGUUUUCCGAAUAUGUUUGCUCAGAUUUUUGUUUGCCAUAGAUAACUAGAUUCUAGUUUAACAAGAGUUCCAGUUCUGCUUUCUUAGGAGCGCAUACAUUUUAGUGCAGUUUUUUUAAGGGCCGUCACCAUGUUAGGGCCGGAUGAUCAGGGCAGUCAUGAUAUAAUCCAGUCACAUCCGAGAUACAGAUUUGUUCCAAAUUCUGCUUGUUGAUAGCACCAAAUACAUUCGGCACAUGCUGGGCACAUGAGCUGUAUGUCAAAACCCAGUUGCGUUCCAAGUUGCCAACUAAAAAAAUGAACAAACAUCAUUUGAUAAGUAGAACUUACUCCAGACCAGGAAGGUAGUCAUGAAUUAUGGGGAUUUCAUGGCAGCUGGAAUUUCUCAUGCUUGAUGAGAGAACGACAUGAUCCAAAAAAAACCUUCAUCGUACCGCCCUUAUAUCGCUUUAUCUCUGGAGUGAAAAACAAUCAGCACAAUUACUUUUACUUGUGGUUGUAAUCGGAGAAGGGACAAGGACCUGAACCCAUCAUUUUCCAGGAAGUCUUGCAUUCCAUACUAAAUAGUGUUUUUUUUUUCUUCUAUUCUGUUAAGGACAAGAGUUGUAAUGAAUAGUAGGAGUAGUUUGCACAUAAAUAUUGUACUGAAAGCAUUGGUAUAAAAAACAUGAUGUGGUUUUAUUUGUUGGAUUUAGCUUUGUGUACAGGAUAUAUGUGUUUGGACCUCUUUUGAACUGUGCUGUUUUGUGCUGUUGUUGCAAA